AUGGGGGCAAUCGGCUUCUUAUCACGAAAUGCAAUGGCUGAGCCCCGAGAUAAUUCCGAUGAUCUUCCCUGGAAGUUUUCUUUAGCAGAGGUGAUCUCCGGGGCCUUGGCUAUUGAUGGACGCGACCCAUCCACAGCUAUGCCGGCGCCUCAAACUCCUGAGAUGAACAGUCGCCUCAGUUCAGAGAGCCGGGAUCUAACGCUUGAGCAUGUCCGGAAAUUCCUGGAAUGGCCAAUCAUUAUGCCAUAUAUCGACGAGGAUAUUUUUCUCCGGCAAUGUGAGGGUGUUAUGGCAUGUAGAACUGACUGCCAUGCUGCACAGAGCCCUCCGCCAUUACAUGUUUUCAAUCUUCACAUGGCUUGCGCUAUUGGAAUUUCGGUCUCUCCGACUUCUACUCACCUUUCAUUUCUUAACGCAAGCCUUCACUCUGCCGCCCUCAGCGAACUUCCUUCCAUCUUGCGCACCGAAUCGACUCUUGAGCACAUACACUGCAUGAUCAUGCUUACGAUCUACUCUCUUUAUAACUCCUCCGGUGGCUCUGCCUGGCAUUUAUUGGGUCUGGCUAUGAAGACAUGUAUCUCGCUCGGCCUGCACCGAGAGCCAGACGUGAACUCGAGCAUUGGGCUACCUGAAGCUGGCAGACGGCGAUGGUUGUUUUGGGCCGUGUACUCCUUUGACCGCAUGCUCAGCCUUGUCAUGGACCGCCCUUUGAGUAUCCAGGAUGAUUACAUUUCGGUACACCUCCCAGCGGAAGACGAUGGCCUAUCCAUUGCAACGGAGACGCCGCAUCAAAUAUCGCAAACCAUUCGCUAUCUUGUACUCUACUCUCAACUGGUUUCAGGUAUCCGGUCAGGAAGACGAGAGGACAUUCUACUUACCUACAGUAAUAUCGUUCAUUGGAGAGAUCUACCUCCCAACGUUGAUCGUCAAUCGCCUUCUGCUCCGCAUCUUCUGUAUCUUUUUGAACAGCUAUCUUGUCGGGCAUUGAUUCAUCUUGCAUCUUUGACGCCUCAAACAAUCGUGCGAAAUGAAUUUUGGCUAGGAAACAACCAAGAUCUUGAGACUGAUACCAUUAACACAUCAUAUCAGUUUAUCAACCGAUCUUACGAUCUGUUUAUUAAGGGAAGUUUUGUUUGCAGCUUCAUUGAUGCAUAUGACAUCUUUCAAGCUGCGGUCGCUUUUGCAUGCCUCACCCGUCGAAGAAGUCAAAAUGACUUUGCCGCGCGUCGACUCGCCCAAGUGUCAGAAGUCAUUAGCAAAGCCUCGACGCUUGUGACGAUCGCCGCAUCACGAUUUCCUGCACUUGCAGCAUUUCAACAGGUCUUACUUAGUCUUUCCACCAGAAAUAUGGAAACUGAUGAAACAACAUCUAAUGUGAGACCGUUUCGAUGUUUUUCGGUUCUCUGCAAAUGUGGUUUGGCUAACCUUUUCAAAGACCGUCUCGUGGAACCAUUUGCCAGAUAUAAUUCCACGUCGAUCUCAGCAACUCAUUCGAUUUACCUUCACGUAGAGGAUUACAGGUCGCUACAUGAGUUGCGUGUUAAGGCUUAG